CGGGAGGGUUUCAUUUUCCACAUCACUAUGUUUUUCUUUUUCUUCUUCUCUUUUUUGGUUUCCUCCUUUCCCUGAGCUGUCCGCACCACGGCUCCCUGUGGACAUCAUGGAGAUCUAAAGCAGGCUGGAAACUAUACUCCCAUCUCCCUACAAAACUCCGCAGGUUUCCUCCUCCAUCCCUCCGCUGCGGUGAAGCUUGAGCGGAUCAUGCAUCACAUGAAGCCAUGGCGAGCUCUGCUCCUUCUGGCGAUGCUUUACCGACCAGCAUCCUCUGAGAAAUACGGCUGCCUGUUUGAGAGAAAACUGUGCACGAGGGACCAGUUCUGCUCCGACGAUGGGUUGUUCGGACAGUGUCGAAGCUCCAAGCAGCACCAGGUCCAGUAUCAGGUGACAGUUCCUGUGCUGAAGAGGAUGCAGGAAGUCCUCAAACAGCUCAUGCAACAAGGAUUGUCGUGGCAAGAUGACAUCACUCAAUACAUCUUAUCAAAAGAACUGAAGAGAGUUCCCCACACCACCCUUCCAUCAAAACCCAACUCGUCUUCAAUGUCUCCUCAUUCCUCUCUGUCCAAGCAGCACAUCCCCCACCACUCCAGCUUUAAGGCAGGGUCCACAACUCCUGGAGGAAAAUAUAUGGACUACAUGAUCGUUGAGCCUCCUCAGUCCCCGCUACGCAUGCAGACGGCUUCUAUUGAUCCAUAUGCAUAUCACCAGUCACAGCACAGAUACCAGGAUGAUGCAGAGAGAUCACUUCUGAACGCUGGAGGUGGAUAUGCCCGCCCCUCCUCCAGGUACCAGCCUGGUCCGAGAGAAGAGGAGCGCGACAGGCAGCUGCUGCAGGAAGCUCUGUCUCUGUACUUGGCUUCUGGGCAGCCCUCUUAUCGGCACCGAGGGGCUGCUCCCAUAGCUCCAGCAGGUCUCCCUUAUUAUGAAGACCUGGACUUGGAGAUACCAAUGGGCUUUGUGGAAGACUACCCCCUAGAGGAGAGACUUCGUACUGCAGGCAGGUCACAAAACCUGCAGAGUAAGAAAACUCCACAGGACAUCAGUGCAGUUUCCGGAAACAACGAUGAUUUGCUCCAGAGGAUAUCAGGUGUCCUCCAGAGGUUAAAUGUUGAUCCCAGGAAUCUCAGUCAGGAGCAGCUUUACAAGCUGGCACUAAUUCUGCAGCUACUACAAGGCCAGGACAAAACAAUCCCAACAGAUCCAAUUGAGAAAGACCUCCUCACCCUCAAGGAGAUGCAGCUGUUAAAAAAAGAAAGUGUGUCCAAACCCGAGAGGCCUGAUUCUGCUUCGGGUCCUCCUGCUCCUUCCGCCAAUUCUAUUCAAGAUGCACCCCCACUAAAGAGUGCCAGCCCCCCGACGUCUGCCUCUAAUCCUCCUCAGUCCGCUCCCGGAGAUCCUGGGAAAACCUUUAAGGACCCACUUGCUGAGGGUCCAGGAGCUAAAGAGGAGUAUGGGUACAUAGUUACCAACCAGAGUCAUCUGAGUCUCUACGAUGGUGUGAAACUUUUGGAGCUACUGGCUGACAAAAUCCACCUGACGACCAGCAGCUUCAUCAACAUCAGCGUGGUUGGACCGGCGCUGACUUUCCGAAUCCGUCAAAACGAACACAACAUGACGGCUGCAGAGGUGGCUGCCAAGGCCGUAUCUGAAAAGAACUUCCUGGAGUCUGAGACUGGCCUGAAAAUAGUACAAACUGGUGUUGGAGAGAGAACAGAUGCACGGGGUCUCCCUCAGGUAUCCAGGGUUUCUCAAGGUUCCAAUGGGACGGUCAUCACCCUUGUUUCCAUGGCAGUGGUGGGAGGUGUGCUGGUACUGGCUAUGGCCGUUGCUUGUUUCAGACAUUAUACUCACCAAGCGGCCAAUGGCAAACUCGGCCUGGGGCCAGAGGGUGGAUCAGAAACACACUUUGAUUAUCAGGAACUUUGUCGGCAGCACAUGGCAUCCAAAUCCUCUCUGUGCCGCCAAGACUGCGUUGGAGGGGUAARCAGUGGCAUGGCGGGGUCCGCCACAGCAACCGGCGCAGGUGGGCGAAGAGGCACGGACACGUCUCGGGUCAGCAGCGUCUCCUCGCAGUUCAGCGACGGCCCGCAGCACAGCCCAUCCUCCACCCACAGCUCCACCCCAUCCUGGAGCGAGGAGCCUGCCCAGUCUAACAUGGACAUCUCCACGGGUCACAUGAUACUGGCGUACAUGGAGGACCACCUGCGCAACAAGGACCGUCUGCAGAAGGAGUGGGAGGCACUGUGCUCCUACCAGGCUGAACCCUGCUCUGUGGCGGUGGCUCAAGAGCCGGCCAACAUGGAUAAAAACAGACACGCCGAAGCACUUCCCUAUGAUCAUUCCCGUGUGAAGAUGAAGACUGAAGUGAGCCCCAGUAAACAGGAUUACAUUAACGCCAGUUUUAUUUUUGAUCAUGACCCUCGUCAACCAGCUUACAUUGCAACACAAGGCCCUCUGCCCCACACUGUUGUGGAUUUCUGGCAGAUGGUUUGGGAGAACGGAUGCACAGUGAUCGUGAUGAUGACGGCUCUGGUGGAGGACGGAGAGAAGCAGUGUGAACGCUACUGGCCUGAUGAGGGCUCCUCGCUUUACCACAUCUAUGAGGUGAACCUGGUGUCGGAGCACAUCUGGUGUAAGGACUUCCUUGUGCGCAGCUUCUACCUGAAGAACGUCCAGACGCAGGAAACAAGAACCUUGACACAGUUUCACUUGCUGAGCUGGCCCGGCGACGGCAUCCCCACGUCUACUCGUCCGCUGCUCGAUUUCCGCAGGAAGGUGAAUAAAUGUUACAGAGGUCGAUCCUGCCCCAUCAUCGUUCACUGCAGUGAUGGCACAAGCAGAACUGGCACAUAUAUCCUCAUUGACAUGGUGCUGAACCGUAUGGCUAAGGGAGUGAAAGAGAUCGACAUAGCAGCCACACUGGAGCACAUCAGAGACCAGAGGCCCGGUCUGGUUCGCACCAAGGACCAGUUUGAGUUCGCGCUGACAGCCGUUGCUGAGGAGGUGAAUGCCAUCUUGAAAGCUCUGCCACAGUGAGAUGCAGCAGCUGAGGAACACACUGAAGAUGCAGGCAGGCACACUAAACAACCCACAGAACACAUUCAUAAGGAAUAUCCACAUAUCAUACGUCCAGAACCAAAAAAUAUUUUUUUUUGGAUCAGCCACACUCUGAUCUGUUACCAGAUUUUAGUGUGCAGUGUUUUGUUUUUUCCACCAUAAAACCAUUGCAGGAACUUUGACAAAUUUAUGAUUUUUGCUCGCUAAAAAAAUAAGCUGAGACAAGGAUGCAGUUAUCAGAACUGAAUCCAAACCUCUGUGCCUGUGUAAAUAUGAAAUGAUAAUAUUCCCCCACUAGACCUUACCUGAGGGCAGAAUAUUUAAAUGGUCACAGUCAAACUGAAAAGCAUAUACCUCUGUAUGAAAAAAAAAAGUGAUUUGUUGUCAUUUGCCCCUUGGUAAAGUAUUUUUUAUCUUUACUGGAUACACCAAUCUGUUAACACCGAUGUUACAAUUGGAUCAAAGUUAAAAUAUUGUUAAAAGACCAAAUAUGUAUGACCUUCAUCUUACUGUAACAAAGUAAGAGGAGUCUUAAUUUUAAAACUUUGGAUGUGGUGUUUUGUGUCCAGAUGAAAUGUGUAUACUGCUGUCAAGUGUUGGUUUUCCUUUUUGUUUUUGAAAGGCUUGUCCUGCAAAUUUAAGUGUUCGCUUCCAGUUCUGCUUCUUAAGUAAUCAGCGCUAAACAUUGACCAUGACGUACACAUUACCAAUAUCUCUUUAUUUUUGUAUACAAAUUUACUUUAAUUGUAUUUUUUACCAUCUUACUCAAUGUGCGACCUUGUGAUUAAUGUAUAUAAUCCAUCCUGAUGACUGUGUUUCUUUUAUGUAGCAGACAAAUGGAAAAUAUCUAUAAAAAUGUAUUUUUGACUUGAACUAAAUAAAUUUGUGAUGUGAUGCAGCA